AUGGUGUUGCAGGAAAUCCUUGAACGAAGAGCUUUUGCAGCAAAAUUCCUUUCUAAGAACAAUGUCCCAUCUACCGUACAUGAUGGUGAAGCUAUCUACAGUACUAUUGGUCCAUUACGAAAAGAGCGACAUGAAAAAGAGUUUGAAACAGGAUCUGUAUUUGAUUUGGCUGGAGAGCCUGUCGAUUUAAAAAAUGCCGUUGAAAAGAGAAAGGGUGAAAUCAAAGCAAUAGGAGACAACAGCACUGUUACGUCUGAUGACAACGGCCUUUCACAGAAGCCCCAUCGGCCUAUUAUACUCUAUCGAUACUCAAAGAAAGUGAAGAAGUCGCGAUUCACACCCGCUCAAUUAUCGCCUCUGCCAACUACUGUGUCAAGUACGCUUCUAGCGGAGAAGUUAUCAACUAUUGAAACGACUACGUUGACGACACCUCUUAUAACAAACACCUCAACAACAGCCACUACUCUCCCAUCAACUACCUUCACAACUACUCAGGGAUCAUCAAUAGCACUCAAAACCACAAAGCCCAUAGAACAAACUCCUCCAUCGUUUGCUGCAUUCUUCCAAGCCAGACCAACAGCAUCACAACAAGAAUUGGAGCCAACUACCACCUUCAGACCAGGCUGUCUUUUUGAUGUCAUCCUUGUGUUAGAUGCUUCCGGAAGUGUUGAAGAAACGUUUAGACGAGAGAAAGAUCUAGCAGCUGGAAUAAUUGACUUAUUCAGAGUAGGCCCAGAGAAUGCAAGAUUUUCUGUUAUAAAAUUCGCUGCUUCUCACAAAGUGAAAACGAUAUGGUCAUUGAGUGAUAUACAAGAACGCUCGCAUAUACUGCGAAAGUUGGAAUCCGUGCCGUUCACAUCUGGAACGACAGCUAUAGAUGCUGCUAUCUUAAGAGCAAUUGCAGAGUACACAAGCGAGAAGGGAGCUAGACCAGGAAUAGCAAAGCCUCUUGUAAUUAUGUUCACAGAUGGCUUCGGCAGCAAAUCUAUUGAUGCUGAGGCCCGCCUUCUGCGCAAUCUUGUUCCCAAUACGUAUGCUGUAGCUAUUAACCACUAUUAUCCCAUAUCCAGAAAGGAACUUGAGAAAAUCACUGGUGAUCCCAAGCGUGUUUACACAGAUGCCAAUAUAGGGGAACUUCACGAAGAAUUGAAGAAGCUCACUGCAGGAUGCGUGAUAGACUAA